GUUCAAUCGUUUGCACCAUCAGCCUUGCUCAAGCCGGCCCUGUCCGAGAAGCCAUGAGUGAUCGUGGCGGCAGCCUGUUCCGAGGCAACCCAGGCGGCGCAUCUCGCGGAGCCGCAAAUGGAGCGCCAGGUCGCGGGCGAGGAAGAGGUAUCAACCGUGGAGCAGGGGGCCCCUUUCGAGGUCAUCAUCACCGAGGCAAGCCAAACAGGGCAGCCGCAGCUCAUGGCCGAGGGCGGCAUGAGCUUCGCCAGCACCACUCGGCCCAGCCUCAUUUGCACUAUUCCAAAGAGUCCGGCACAGGCCCAGUGGCCACAGAAGCCACUCGCGGCCGAGGCCGAUUUUCGACCGCCUCGCAUGAUCGUCCUGGGCCAGCGUCGACGGGUUCGUCGAUCCCCUUCGAUAUCGCAACCCAUACCUUUGUCGCCCAGAACCCGGCAGCACUUCCGGCCGACCAACCCAGCAUCGAUUAUGUGCGCAUGCUCCUCGAAAGCGCCGAUGAUACACACGAUCUUGAUCCCGACAUGAUCUUUGGCGCCCUCACGGAGGGCACGAGUGCGGCCUUCUUUGGGCCGCAGGAUCCGAUGCAAGAGGAUCUGGCCGCCAACCUUGUGUACAUACUCCGGGAGCUGAUUGAGCAGCAACUGGACCUGUAUCCAACCUUUUGGUACGAAAAGAUCAUCCUGUACAUCAUCAAGGUGUUUGAGGCUACUUCGUCCCUGUCCAGUGUCAAUCUCUUCCAAAACCUCUCGGUUGGCGAGUCGAUCAAUCUGCUGACAAAGGAAGCGAUUCCGCGAGCCCUGUGUGAACUGCUCGCUAGGACGCUGGCCGUCGAACAAGACAGCGGGUAAGGAUGAUCGUGCAGCUGACGACGAUUAUUCAUUGCCUGAUCCCUCGUUGAAAUGGAAUCGAUUGAGUUACCGUGGAUUCAUGCCCUUCGACCACAUCUUUGUC